AUGGCAAGCAACAAAAUAGGACUUGAAAAUAUGGAAAAUCCUCACGAAGAACAACAAAAAAUGUUGUUAGGUAGAAUUGUUUCGAAUGUUAAAAAACUCAACGAAGUGUUGGAAGAUAUGAACAGUCGUAUACAAGAAAUCAACGAAUACAACCGUGAUAUUGUCAUUCUUUCACAAUUCUGGUCAAAUUAUAGUAGAAAUGUUACUUUUAAUCUUGAAAGUAUGGAAAAAUUAAUGGAACCAAUGUAA